AUGGUUCUCGCUGUCGAUCUCCUGAACCCGUCCGCGGCUUCUGAGGCCCGGAAGCACAAGCUCAAGACUCUCGUCCCCGCUCCCCGAUCCUUCUUCAUGGACGUCAAGUGCCCCGGCUGCUUCGUCAUCACCACCGUCUUCUCCCACGCCCAGACCGUCGUCAUCUGCCAGGGCUGCACCACUGUUCUGUGCCAGCCUACCGGCGGCAAGGCCAGACUCACUGAGGGCUGCUCUUUCCGAAGAAAGUAA